AUGCUGCUGCUCUGGGGGCCCCUGCUCUGCUGGGGGCUACUGCCCCACACCCAAGGGGAAGCACACAACCUGCUCUUACGGAUCAGCAAAGACCAGCUGGAGACAGACAUCUCAGAUCUGCUCUGGGAGAACCAGAUCCUGAGUCGUUUGGUCAAGAUACCUGUGACGGGGCCCCCAAGCCAGGGCGUCGCUAUCCUGGACCACCUCCCCUUCAUCAAGGAACGCCUCUCCCACAGGCACAGUGGCCUGCAACUGUCACAGGUCGGGGACCUGCUCUCCGGGAGGAGCACCCCUCUGCUGAGUCAGCUGCUCCAGGCAGGCGGGUUGGUCAUUGAAGAUGCCAGGGGACCUGAAGUCAACCUUGACAUCCUGAGCGACAGCCUGCUGCAGGUGACACUGCGCUGCAAACUGUACCUCUCACUCCAGGGGUUCCUGUGGCUCAAGGUCAUUAAGAACAUUCGCAUCGGAGUCCGGCUGGAACAGACCGAGAAUGCAACCCAGGUGGCCCUGGAGGAUUGCCACACCCCACCUGGCUACCUGAGCGUCGAGGUCCUGGAGCAAAAGGCCUCCCUCGUGGAGAACAAGGUCCUGAGGCUGGUGACGGGCCUCCUGGAUGAGGCACUGCCCUUCCUCCUGCAGAAGAUUGUGUGUCCCGUGGCCAUGAACCUGCUCAACCUGCUACUGGAAGACCUCCUGCACAUCACUCUGCCCCCAAGCAGCAGGAGCCAGGAUGACUUCCAAUACUACAUCACCUCCACGGAGUUCACGGAGGAGACCAUCCUAAUGCAAGCCCUGCUCGUGACCCCCUGUGGCUCAAGCCAGAGGGCCCCCACACCUGAGCACCCUGCCCUCCAGCCUGUGCCAAGGUUGAAAUCGGGCAGUGUGGCAGACUUGGUCUUUGGGGUGGAUGUCUACAACAACAUCGUGUCCUGCCUCUACAGCAGUGAGGACAUCCGCGUGCACCCCCAGGACCCCCAAGCUGCCGACCUCAUUCAGCUGCUGUCCCAGAACAAGCUGGAACCUGGGUCCGAGGCCUCUGAUCAGUCAACAGGGGGUGUGGGACUGGCCAUCAGAGCCCCUCAUCCUCCCACCAUCCACUUUGAUGGCCACAAGUUCACAGUCAUCCAGCCAGGCUCCCUGGUGCUGCCAGGGACCAGCAACACCUCUUCGGUCUCAGUUUUCUGGAAUCUGCUGUCUGAACCCAUAUUUACUAUUCAAAACCAGGAACUGAAACUUCAGCUUGCUCCUAACAGCCUCACGGUCAUCCUGGACCCGCACCCCACCAACCUCAGGGAGCAGAAGACACAGCUGCAGGACCUGCUCUCCAAGCUCCUGAGUAGAACAUUCCUCCCCUACCACAACCAGCGACUCAGAGACCACGGCCUCCCGCUGCCCAGAAUCAAGGGCAUCUCCUUCAACCAGGCCCAGGCAGACCUCUGCCAGAAUAGCCAGUGUGCCCAGCAGGCCGUCCUUGCCCCAGCCACAGCCAAGGUGUGCGAAGAAGGGAAUUGA